AUGGCUUUUCAACUACCAUGUUGUUUAUGCUUUCUACUUAUGCUUCUUCGGAUGCCAUUUCACACAACUUCUCAAACUUACAAUAACAUAUCUUUAGGCUCAGCCCUCACCGCUCAGGAUGAUGACACUUCCUGGCUCUCACCAUCUGGGGAGUUUGCUUUCGGUUUCCAAAAGAUUGGUAAUGAUGGCGGCUUCAUACUAGCCAUCUGGUUUAACAAGAUUCCGGAAAGAAGUAUUGUCUGGUCAGCCAAUGGCAACAAUCUAGUGCAAAAAGGAUCUACAGUUGAACUCACUGCAGAUGGCCAGUUUAUGCUGAAUGAUAUUGCAAAUGGCACACAAAUGUUCAUUGCUGAGCAGGCUGCUGCUACUGGGGUUGCCUAUGCAGCUAUGCUUGAUUCAGGAAAUUUCGUUUUGGCCAACCGAAAUUCAACCAAUUUGUGGGAGAGUUUUAAUCAUCCAACUGAUACAAUCCUACCAACCCAGACUCUAAACCGAAACAGCACACUCUACGGUAGCUACACGAAAACAAAUUACUCAAAAGGAAGGUUCCUGUUUACUUUAGAGUCUAAGGGGAUACUUGCUCUUUAUACAGCAAAUUUUCCAUUGGAAUCUCCUAACUUUCGUUACUGGGCAACCCAAACUGAGGGUGUUGGCUUUCAAGUCAUCUUCAAUGAGUCUGGCUAUAUUUACCUUACAGACAUUAACGGAAGCCUACUUAGCAUGGUAUCAAACAAGGAGGUUUCAUUGCACGAUUACUACCAGAGAGCAACUCUUGAUUUUGAUGGAGUUUUGAGGCACUAUAUCUACCCCAAAAGCAAUGGCUCAAGUGAGGGAAAGGGGACCAGGAAUUGGUCCACUGUGUCCUUCAAACCUCCAAAUAUCUGCACUGCAAUUUCGGAAAAAAUAGGUGGUGGUGCAUGUGGUUUCAACAGCUUAUGUAAACAUGAGGAUGAAGGACAAAUUAUUUGCCAGUGCCCACAGAAUUACACAUCCAUUGAUACAAAUGAUGAGCGGAAAGGAUGCAAGCAAAACUUCGUUCCCCAAAAUUGCGAUGAAACCUCACCAGAAACACAUCAUUUCGGGUUUCAAGAGAUGCUAUACACAGAUUGGCCUAAUGGAGAUUAUGAGCAUUUUCCGAAAGUAAAUGAGGAUUUUUGCAGGCAAAGUUGCCUAAGUGAUUGUUUCUGUGCCAUUGCCGUUUUUGACAAAGCGACUGAGGGUUGUUUGAAGAAGGGAAUUCCCCUUUCAAAUGGAAGGAUCGACCAGGGCGUUGGCUGGAUAUCCCUGAUCAAAGUACGGAUAGACAAUUCUACUUAUAGACAAGAAGUCCCACGUGCAAGAAAGAAAGAGAAUUCAGCUUUGAUCCUCGUUGGAUCAGUGUUGAUGAUAAUAAUAAGCUAUUUGAUUGUUUCUCUAAUAACCUAUUUGUUUGCUUCUCACAUCUAUUCUAAGCAAGCAAAAGUGAGUAAACUUUAUCCAGUUGUUCACGACAUUAAUUUGAAAUGUUUCACUUACAUGGAGCUAAAAGAAGCUACCAACAGAUUCAAGGAAGAACUAGGACGUGGUGCUUUUGCAACAGUUUUUAAAGGAGUUUUAGCAUCCGAUAAUGGAAGAUCCGUUGCUGUAAAAAGAUUGGACAGUAUGGUCAGAGAAAAUGAUUUGGAAUUCAAAGCUGAAGUGAGUGCAAUUGGCAGAACGAAUCACAGAAAUUUGGUCCAGCUACUAGGAUUCUGCAACGAAGGGCAGCACCGAAUUCUUGUUUAUGAGUUUAUGACCAAUGGCUCUUUAGCAAGCUUCCUCUUUGGAAAGUCAAUGCCUAGCUGGGAUCAAAGAAGGGAAAUUGCCUUAGGAACUGCAAGAGGGCUCUUGUAUUUGCACGAAGAGUGUAGCAGCCAAAUCAUACAUUGUGACAUUAAGCCUCAAAACAUUCUUCUAGACGACUCUUUCACUGCAAGAAUUGCUGACUUUGGAGUAGCCAAGCUUUUGCAAACGGAUCAAACUCGAACAACUACUAGAUUCAGGGGGCCAAAAGGGUAUAUGGCCCCUGAAUGGUUCAAAAGCUCUCCUGUCACAGUGAAGGUGGAUGUUUAUAGCUUUGGGAUGUUGUUACUAGAGAUAAUUUGCUGCAGGAAGCAUUAUGAACCAAAAAUAGAGGACGAAGAUCAAAUGAUACUAGCUGAUUGGGCUUAUGCUUGCUACAAGAAAAAGACAAUACACCUGUUAUUGGAGAACGAUAAUGUUGAGGAAAUGGGUGACAUCAAGAUGAUGGAGAAGUAUGCGAUGAUCGCGUUUUGGUGCAUUCAAGAGGAUCCAUCAAUAAGACCCACCAUGAAGAAUGUCACACAGAUGCUUGAAGGAACUAUUGAAGUCUCCUUCCCACCAAAUCCAUCCUCAUUAUAUGUCAAUAAAAGUGAUCGCAGUUAUCAUUGA